AUGCAUAUCUUUUCGCUUAUUUUAGUUGUUCUUGUAUUUAUUUCCGUUGUUGACUGUCAGUGGGGUAGACCUAAUUAUGGAUGGAGAGACAGUUUGGGAGGAGUUGAUGAAUGGGAAGGAAGUGGAGGAUGGCAAGACAGAGGAGGUGGAAAAAAUCGCCAAAGAGGAGGAGGCGGACGAAGAGGUCAAGGAGAUUGGCGUGGACAACAAGGAAGAGGAAGGCAGGGUGGUAGAGGUCGAGGCCGUGGAGGUUCAAACAAUGACGGACGCAGAAGGUGGGGUGGUGGCAACAAUCGCGACGGUGGUUGGGGCGGUCGAGGAUGGGGUCCACAAGGAGGCAAGCGCACUGUUGUAAAAUCUUCUUCCUCUGUAGUCAUUUUGUAUACAAUGCUGUAA